AUUGGUUCAAUGAGGAAGUCUAGAAUCAUUCUCACAGUGAGUUGGUCCUUGUUGUUGUGUCUUACUCUGCUCAUCAACAUGGCUCUUCAUCUCAGUGUUCUUCUCAUCUUCACUGGACUCACAGUUGCAGGAAUUCACAGCGUAACUACAGUCAGUAAAGUGUCAGUGAAGGCUGGAGGCUCCAUCUCUAUCCCAUGUCUCUAUGACCCAAAGUACACACACCAUGUCAAAUACUUGUGUAAAGGAUCUAAUGUGGGGUCCUGCUCCUGCAAAGUUAAAACUGAUCAACCAGACAGUUCAGGAAAGUUUUCAAUCUCUGAUGACAAACAACAAAGAAUUUUCACUGUGACUAUUAAUAAUCUGAUGAUGGACGACACUGAUUACUGGUGUAUUGUGGAGAUAAAUGACCUGAAUAGUGACGGGAAGCCUUUUCAGCUGUCAGUCACCAGAGGUUGGCCCCAACUCUUUGUGGAUCAUCAGGAGAUUACAGGAUUUAAUGGAGAAGAUGUAACCAUCCAUGGUUCCUAUAGUAACACUGGAGAGAUUGAGUGGUGCAGGCUGGGAGGGUCCUGUGUGAAUGAAUCGUCUGGAUCAAUAAAUGGAACAAGAGUGACCAUUAAUGCAAAUGUCCCCAAAGUUUUCACUGUGACUAUGAGUGGACUGAGGACAGAGAGCAGCGGCUGGUAUUUCUGUACCAAAGGACUCCUACAGAUGCCAGUGCAUGUGACUGUUAAAGAGAGACCCAGCACUACUGAACCUGUGAAUCACACUGCUGUCUCUGCAUAUGGGGAACCUACCACAGUUCAGGGUGGGAACCACAGUGUUUCCAUUCACCUGAAGAGUUUCAUCAUCCGUCUGAGCGUGUUGAUCUCCAUUGUAAUGGUGGCCUCGUUCAUAUGGUUCAUGUUCAAAAGAUGCAAGGUCAUACACUGAGAGUGAUGUGGAUGAAACGUUCUGUGGUUUCCAGAAAGCAACAAACUGCAGAAAGUGGUCCAUUUAAGAGACCCAGCCCGGCCUGACACUGUUCACACUGUUUCUCUUUAUUCUUCCACUGUCAUGUUCCUUCUGUCCUCCAUUGUGCUGCUGCUGUUGUUUGUUUGUGCAGUAAAUAUUAGAACUGCACAGAGAGUUCAUUUUGAGCUAUUCGACGUUCCCUCUACUUUCUGAUCCUCCUCUGUAUAUCUGCAAAAGAAGCUCUGACCAGUUUGUUUGUGUUUGUGAUAAAACUCUUUUAGUUCAUCUGCUGAGAUUAGGUUGAUCAAUCUGUCACUGCUUUUAAAUCGCUUCAUAAAACAUUCUGACUUCAAAAAAAGUGUCCAUUUUAUUUCUUUAUAUUUUAUUGUUCAUUUAUUGUAUUUGAUCUUUUUGUGAAGCUGUUUGUAACAGAAUACCUCUAUAUAAAUAAACUUUGUUAUUAUUA